ACUGUUGGAGCUAGGAACACAAGCAUUUAGUUAUAUACUACUGCACUGUUGGAGCUAGGAACACAAGCAUUUAGUUAUAUACUACUGCACUGUUGGAGCUAGGAACACAAGCAUUUAGUUAUAUACUACUGCACUGUUGGAGCUAGGAACACAAGCAUUUCUAGAAAAAGACAGAUGCAAGGGGAAAAACGCUGAUAGGCUUGACGAACAAAAACGAACUGGUAACAGACAAACAUAGAACACAGGUAUAAAUACACUGGGGAUAAUGGAGAAGAUGGGCGACAUCUGGAGGGGGUUGGAGACAAGCACAAAGACAGGUAAAACAGAUCAGGGUGUGACACUUUCACUACAUCCGCAAUAACAUCACAGACACGCUUGUGCGUGUCUGUGACCUUCCUGUCCUCCCCACUUACCAUGUCAUUAACAAAGUUACUCCCAGCACCCAGUGAGUCCCAGCUUUACUUCUCUCUACAGGAGCUGCCUUGUGAAGGCUGGGACCGGGACGAGCUACACAGAUGGGAAAGACAGAAGAAGAGGCAGGGGCAGACGCCAGCAUGGCAUCUAUCGCUGACUACUACGCAGGCAAGAAUGUGCUGAUCACUGGCGCCACGGGCUUCAUGGGCAAGGUGCUGGUGGAGAAACUGCUGCGGUCCUGUCCAGAGGUCCGAACCCUCUACAUCCUGGUCAGGCCCAAGGCUGGACAGUCCAUGCAGGAACGGGUCAGCGACAUGAUGAAGUGCAAGCUGUUUGACCGCGUGAGGGAGGACAACCCAGACUUCCACCAGAAGAUAGUUCCUAUCAGCAGUGAGUUGACACAGCCUGCCCUGGCCAUCAGUCCUGAGGACGUAGAGAGACUGACCUCCUGCGUCAACAUCAUCUUCCACUGUGCUGCCACCAUCCGCUUCGACGAACCCCUCAAACACGCCCUGCAGCUGAAUGUGAUUGCGACGCAGCAGCUCCUGAGUCUGGCUCAGCAGAUGCACCACCUCCAGGCCUUCAUCCACAUCUCCACAGCCUACGCCAACUGCAACCGCAGGCACAUCGACGAGAUCAUCUACCCACCGCCUGUAGAACCCAAGAAGCUCAUCGACUCCCUGGAGUGGAUGGAGGACAGCAUUGUCCGUGACAUCACACCGCGCCUCAUCGGGGAGCGCCCCAACACCUACACCUACACCAAAGCCCUGGCAGAGUGCGUGGUUCAGAGGGAGAGCAGCAAGCUCAGCAUCGGCAUCAUCAGACCCUCCAUAGUGGGAGCCAGCUGGCAGGAGCCUUUCCCUGGCUGGAUUGACAACUUCAAUGGACCAAGCGGAGUCUUCAUCGCCGCGGGGAAGGGCAUCCUGCGCACCAUGAGAGCCAACAACGAUGCGGUGGCGGACCUCAUCCCCGUGGACGUGGUCAUCAACCUGACCCUGGCCGCUGGCUGGUACACGGCAGUGCACAGACCCAAAGCAGCGCUGGUUUACAACUGCACAACGGGCGGCAUCAACCCUUUCCACUGGGGAGAGAUCGAGCACCAUGUGAUGUCCAGUUUCAAGAGGAACCCUCUGGAGCAGGCUUUCAGAAGGCCCAACGCCAACAUCACCUCCAACUACCUGAUGAACCAGUAUUGGGUCCUGGUCAGCCACAAGUUCCCUGCCCUCAUCUACGACCUCUACCUGAGACUGUCUGGACAGAAACCCCAGAUGAUGCGUAUCUUCAACCGGCUACACAAGGCCAUCGGCCUGCUAGAGUACUUCAGCAGUCAGGACUGGGAGUGGAACUCCGAGAACAUGAACAUGCUGAUGAGCCACCUCAGCCCUGAGGACAGGAAGACAUUCAACUUUGACGUGCGUCAGCUGAACUGGCCAGAGUACAUAGAGAACUACUGCAUCGGCACCAAGAAGUACGUUCUGAAUGAAGACAUGUCCGACAUCCCUGCAGCCAGGCAACACCUCAGGAAGCUGAGGAACAUCCGCUACACAUUCAACACUCUACUGCUGGUCUUCAUCUGGAGGGUGUUCAUCGCCCGCUCUCAGAUGGCUAGGAACAUCUGGUACUUUGUGGUCAGCCUCUGCUUCAAGUUCCUCUCCUACUUCAGGGCCUCCAGCACACUUACCAACUGACCGUUGACAAGCUGAACGCCCUGCUCACCUCCUCAACCAGACCACACCCCUCAGACCUCCAGCAGCACCCAACCCCACUCCUCAACCACACCUCACACCCCUCAGACCUCCAGCAGCACCCAACCCCACUCCUCACCCCUCAGACCUCCAGCGGCACACAACUCCACUCCUCAACCAGACCACACCCCUCAGACCUCCAGCGGCACACAACCCCACUCCUCAACCAGACCACACCCCUCAGACCAGCAGCGGCACACAACCCCACUCCUCAACCAGACCACACCCCUCAGACCUCCAGCGGCACACAACCCCACUCCUCACCCAGACCACACCCCUCAGACCAGCAGCACACAACCCCACUCCUCAACCAGACACUGUUCCUUCUGACCCUGUUGUACAUCAUACAGUAAAACCACUAUGUAAGUGUUCUUUCUUUUCUAACUACGUCUUUUCUUAAAGCGACAGAUUACAUGUGCAACAAUAAACUCAUUGUAUACUCUCCCCACGUUUUUGCUCAUAGUUUACGUCCUCCCCAACCCAGACACAAUGUCAUAGAAGAUGAUUUUUUUUGCAUACUUGUCAGGCCUCCUCUCUUCUUCCAUGGGCGAAGUGUUUUUACCUUGUAUUGGUUUGUACUGACAGAAUAUUUGGGAACCUGUACUCUGUAGCGAGGCCAGCUAAGGAUAUCCGAGAGUAACUUCGGUGUUGAUCACAUUAAAGGCUUUAUUCAAUCUGUAAAGUUGAAGCGUUAGACUCUGUGAUAUAAAUUAAAAAGGUCAUUUCCAAUUGAGCCAUCACAUGCAGCUUUUACCGUGAAUACAGUCUGCAAAAGCAGGUACAUUCCCUUUGUUUCAAUCAUGCCGUAAAGCUGAACUUCUGUGAUGUGGAUUGAAUGGAGCCCUAAAUCUUAACCACUGUAGAACUACAAACAUCUGACCUGGUUGAUGACUACUGAAUAUUGACAUCGGUAUGAUUGACACAACGCAUAAGACUCAUUCUUUGUUUUACCGUUUGUCCACUUUUUACCUGUUUUGUACAGCAGUUUAUUUUGAAACUAAGUUUACUAUUUUUCAUCUUUAUAAAUAAUUGCAUCAAACUAAGGCUUGUCUUAUGUAAGUGGUACAGUGCAUUCGGGAAAGUAUUCAGACCCCUUGACUUUUUCCAAAUGUUACAUUACAGCCUUGUUCUAAAAUUGAUUAAAUACAUGUUUUUCCUCAAUCUACACACACUACCUCAUAAUGACAAAGCGAAAACAGGUUUAGACAUUUUUGCAAAUUCAUUAAAUAAAAAACAAAUACCCUAUUUACACAAGUAUUCAGACAUUUGCUAUGAGACUCGAAAUUUAGCUCAGGUGCAUCCUGUUUCCAUUGAUCAUCCUUGAGAUGUUUCUACAACUUGGAGUCCAUCUGUGGUAAAUUCAAUUGAUUGGACAUGAUUUGGAAAGGCACUCACCUGUCUAAGGUCCCACAGCUGACAGUGCACGUCAGAGCAAAAACCAAGCCAUGAGGUCAAAGGAAUUGUCCGUAGAGCUCCGAGACAGGAUUGUGUCGAGGCACAGAUCUGGGGAAGGGUACCAAAAGAUUUCUGCAGCAUUGAAGGUCCCGAAGAACACAGUGGCCUCCAUCAUAAAUGGAAGAAGUUUGGAACCACCAAAACUCUUCCUAGAGCUGGCCGCCCAGCAAUCACCACAUCUGGAGGAAACCUGGCACCAUCCCUACAGUGAAGCAUGGUGGUGGCAGCAUUAUGCUGUGGGGAUGUUUUUCAGCGGCAGGGACUGGGAGACUAGUCAGGAUAGAAGGAAAGAUGAACGGAGCAAAGUACAGAGAUAUCCUUGAUGAAAAACCUGCUCCAGAGCGCUCAGGACAUCAGACUGGGACAAAGGGUCACCUUCCAACAGGACAACAACUCUUAGGACACAGCAAAGACAAUGCAGGAGUGGCUUAGGGACAAGUCUCAAUGUCCGUGGCCCAGCCUUGAACCAGAUCAAACAUCUCUGAGGAGACCUGAAAAUAGCUGUGCAGCGAUGCUCCCAUCCAACCUGACAGAGCUUGAGAGGACCUGCAGAGAAGAAUGGGAGAAAUUCCCCAAAUACAGAUGUGCCAAACUUGUAGCGUCAUAACCAAGAAGACUCAAGGCUGUAAUCGCUGCCAAAGGUGCUUCAACAAAGUACUGACUAAAGGGUCUGAAUAUUUAUGUAAAUGUGAUACUUUGCUAAAAUGUCUAAAAUCCCUGUUUUUGCUUUCUCAUUAUGGGGUAUUGUGUGUAGAUUGAGGGGGGGGGGGACAAUUUUAGAAUAAGGCUGUAAUGUAACAAAGUGUGGAAAAAGUCAAGGGGUCUGAAUACUUUCCAAAUGCUCUGUAGAUGGUGAUAGUAUCGUAUAUAAGUGUGGAAGAUGUGUAAAUAGUUGAAGUUCUAUAUUAUUUUUCUAGACUACCUAAGAGUAGUAUUCCUGAGGGUUGAUUCUGCAGGAGUCGGACUCUACCACAGCACCCCCCAGACUAGAUCUGUAGUGUUACUUGUGGCAGACAGCAGUAGUCCAAUUUUAUUCGUUGAUACAGCUAUAUACAGUAUCUAUGGUAGAAGUCUUGACUAAAUGUACCCCAAAUCCUCCCUCUGGAAAAACAUGUUUAUAUGUGAGCCAGUAAUGGUGUGCAACAAUGGUGACCGUCCUUUCCUAAAUUCAGUAAGGGACUAUGAACCAAACGCACGCCAAAUACAGAAAAUGGCUUUUUCUGUACAAUGAAGUUGUACAAAAUGUCCUGCUUGUUACGGAUCUUGGCAUCUGUCAUGUUGAUAACAAAGCAAUGUCUUUGUUAUGAUACAUAGUGGAAGCAGAGCACUGUGGGUAGAUCAGAGCUAACUGGGCAAUGUUCUGUAAACUGCAACACUUAUGACUGUUUAUUUUGUUUCAUUUUCCUUUUUCAAAUGUAAUUGGCAAAUGUUAAAUGACCCUCUAUUUCUGCUCUGAAAACACUUUGUUUGGCAAAACAUGAAUAAACCAAAAGGCAACAAA